AUAUAGACCCACACACACACUCUGCUCUGACCAUCAGCUCUCUGAACAACUUCUCUUCACACACACUCUUUUUAUUUUCAGCGUUUUAACUUCAUUUAACGUUUAAAGAAAAACCCUGCAGCGACAUUAAACACUCAGUUUGUGUUUUUAAUCUGAGUUUGUCUUAAAUUUAAAAAGGAAAAACAUCAAGAGGAGUUUUUGUUCCAACAUUUUGGAGGAUUUAAGAAAAAGAAAAGAAAAAAGUUUGCUUCACCUGAGGGACUUGUUCUGCUCCGGUCCCCUGACACCGGCUCCCGCUGCAUCUCCUGCCCGGCCCCGGCUCCCUCUGCCCCGCCAUGGGCUCCGUGCUGCCCGGCUCCUCGCUGGGCCUGAAGUCGGGCUUCAAGCCGCAGCAGCCGCUCUCUCUGGCGGACAUCAUCACCUCGGACAUCCUGCACAGCUUCCUGUACGGCCGCUGGAGGCACGUGCUGGGCGAGCAGCACCACCACCUGCCGCACCAACAUCACCUGCCGCACGAGGACCGCACCGCCCCGAGCGCGAGCCCCAAGACCGCGUUCACCGCCGAGGUGCUCGCGCAGUCCUUCUCUGGAGAGGUGCAGAAACUGUCCAGUCUGGUUUUACCCAGCGAGGUGAUCAUCGCUCAGAGCUCAGUCCCAGGAGAAGGUUUGGGGAUUUUCUCUAAAACAUGGAUCAAAGCAGGAACAGAGAUGGGACCGUUCACGGGACGCCUGAUCUCACCUGAACACAUCGACCUGUACAAGAACAACAACCUCAUGUGGGAGGUGUUUAACGAGGACGGGACGGUGAGGUAUUUCAUCGACGCCAGUCAGGAGGACCAGCGGAGCUGGAUGACAUACAUCAAGUGUGCGAGGAACGAGCAGGAGCAGAACCUGGAGGUGGUUCAGAUUGGCAGCAGCAUCUUCUACAAGGCUGUGGAGACGAUCCCUCCGGAUCAGGAGCUGCUGGUCUGGUAUGGAAACUCCCACAACACCUUCCUGGGAAUCCCUGGGAUUCCUGGAGGAGAUGAAGAACAGAGCAAGAAGACCAAGACCGACGAAUUUCACACCUGUGAAGGCUCCUCUUCCUCUUCCUCCUCCUCCUCCUCCUCUUCCUCCACCCUGGGCCGCAUGCGAUGCGUCAUCUGCCACCGUGGCUUCAACUCCCGCAGCAACCUGCGCUCCCACAUGCGCAUCCACACGCUGGACAAACCCUUCGUCUGCCGCUUCUGCAACCGCCGCUUCAGCCAGUCGUCCACGCUGAGGAACCACGUCCGGCUGCACACCGGCGAGCGCCCCUACAAGUGCCACGUCUGCCAGUCAGCGUACUCGCAGCUGGCGGGCCUGCGGGCGCACCAGAAGAGCGCCAGGCACCGGCCCACCGGAGAUGCCGUCGCUGCAGGGGGAGGUGUGGUGGUGCACGCUGCUCACUCACCUCCUCCUCACCCACCGCAGCUGACCGCCAUGCCUCACCCGGCAUCACUGGUUCACCAUAUACCCACCAUGGUGCUGUGAUGAGAGGUAGACAGACACACCAAAUACAGACAGACAGACAGCUUAAAUAUCCAAACUAACUCAGACAGGAGCCUGACAGGUUGGAGGAACAUGUUACCCAGGUAGCCACAGGAAUCGGGCCAACUGCGGCUCAGCGUCGGCACAUGUGGCUGAGUUCUGGUCGCUCGAUUCCUGCAGCAGCUGUGAUCUGACUCUGACCCUCAUGUGACCCAGAUUUGGGCUGAGAACCAGAUCCAGUGAGCAGCACUCAGGCCACAUUCGGGUCAGAGCAUCAUCAUCCUCACUGUGACCUCGUCACAUGUCCACGUUUGGUCAUGGACUUUCCAUGUCCACAUAUGACGUCCAAGGUACCCUGGGUGUGUUGGUUGUCCAACCGUCCACGUAUCACGCUGACGUAAAAGGAUGCCUUUUUUCGUUGGUUUCUGACACUGCAUGUCUCUGCCCAAGCGCCAGAUUUCAACAAUUUCAGGGUGAGACCGGACUCGCCAGAGUCACAACCUGAACUCAGACCAGAUUACGUGGGGUGAUUUUAGGAAGUCAUGAGUCCAGGAUCAGGCGUUCAAAAUAUUAACACACUGCUCUACAACAGCAUCGCAGCAACAAUAUACUGAGACUUUUCUUAUUGAUUUGGGAAACAUGACUUAAUCUUCAGUCUGCCACAAAUAUUUAAAAUCUGAUCCUUAAAGUGUUCGAAUGGUUUUCUUGAAUAAAACACUGAUGAUGACGGCAGUGAGCUCGCUUAUAUUCGGCUCCUGUUCUGUCCUUGAACAAUAUGAGCUAACGAACGUCCAGCAGAUGUUCCCCAACACUGGACUGAAUGAACCUUUUCAGCACAUUGAUUUAAACAGUUUCAUUUCCCAUCUCUGGCUCCAUAUCAGGGCCCUGUUGGACUAUGAUUCAGGCUACCUGGGUAAUAAUUUACAAGACGCCACACUGACUGUAACAGCUGAAUGUCUGUUAGCUGAGGUGACAACACCCAGUCCCUCAGAUGUUUGUACAUUAUAUGCAUGCACACACACAUUUAUUAGACAACAGACACACUCACACAAACACAGACUUUCAGCGUCUCUUCAUCCGGACGAGGAGACACUGAAACUCUGAUACUGAAUCAUAAAACUGUUGCAUGAUGGGACACAGCGUCAGUCUGUGACUCCAGUAUAAAUCACGUAUCUGUGAGACGAUGAUGUCGUGCUUUGGUUUGCAUGCAAAUGGUUCUCUGUUAAAGGGUUGUAACAUGUGUGUUGAAAACUAGGAGGCGCUACAGUCUGAGCACUGAGGCUGCUUCAGAGGAAUCUGCUGAGUGUGUGGUAAAUCGUCCUGUUGGUCCGUUAACAGACACAUCCAUCGUACUGUUGUUCAUGUGCUAACAGGUUAGCAUACAUGAUGCUAAAGCUCAGAUGAUAGUUUCUGUGUCUUCGUAGAUGUCUGUAUUCACCAACUGCAGGUGUGAACGUGUGCGCAGUCUAUGAACACUUCAAAUGAACUGGUUUUAACAUAAUACAUCAUCUCUAUUUACACACAGUGAGGAGUCAAUGCUACCAAUACAACUCUAAAUUGUGCCAUUAGCGACCAAGCUAGCUUCAUUAGCAAGGUAGCUUCCACCAUGUUGAGUAAAGCUCAAAUUAUCCACCUUCUUCCUAAUGGCACUACUGUAGAAAUGAUUAAGGGCAAAACUUGCAGUGUCACAGAAGAAGUCGUUAGUUGCACUGACUGUCUGUGGUUAGUCUCAGUGGCAGUAGUAGUAGUAAUCUUGGUGGCUAACUGCUAACGGUGGGUCUUUUUGAAACCAGACUAAGCUAAAUUUGUUAUUCAGCAGGUAGUGUUAGCAUUAGCGUUAUAGCUUACAUCAUGUGGGUUAAAGAACAAAUUACACUUUCUAUCAAUAUUGAAUUCUGCAUAUUCAUUACGGUCCACAGUUAAUGACCAUCUGUGUGCCGACAGUAAACUGGUGUCAUAGUUCAUGUCCAUACGUGGUAUUACCUCGCUACGCCUGCUGAGUUACAGUCGGCUCCACGCUAGCACUUUAGCAUACACCUUCUUCAGUGAUUUUUUUUUUCCCAAUUAGAAAUAAUUUAAAUGUAGAGUGAUAGCUCAAUGCUAACACUUAGCAUAAACUAUGUGGAGUAAUAUGAACUUAAAGUAAUAAACAUUUAGGUUUACAUUAGCUUGACUACUGUUAGGUAGCUUUUGCUUUAACGUGAGCAUACAUCAUAAUAUCAAACUCCAGGUUAUACGUUAGCUAACAUAUUUGCAUGGUACAAAGCGCCAAAGUCCCAAAAGAUAAAUUUUUAUCUUGUGUGCAGCUGAUGUAUAAAAAAAAAUAAAAAUCUCCUUUUGGGAUUUUACUCAGUGUUAGCUGGAUGCUAACAUGUUAGCAAGAUUUGGGUGUCUUCACUUUGUUUUACUGACCAACACUGAAUCUACUAAAAACUCAGCAGAUUCCUUUAAAGUAGCUCAUCACUUAUUAAAAUAGGCAGAGCCUGAAAUUAUUAUUAUUAUUAUUAUUAUUAAUAUUAUUAUUAUUAUUGACCUUAAUGUCUGUUGUUGUUAAGCUGUGUGUCGAGGCCUAAAUUGGGUCUCGGGCAGGUUGAGUCAACACCUGUUAGAAAAUAUUAGAAUCUAAGUUUCUAAUCUUUGUAAAUGUUUUUACAUGUUUGUUUUUCCCUGAUUUUUGUAUAAAUAUGUUGUUAAAUAAUCAAAGUAACGAGAAAAGUAAUUUAGUUGACGAGUCUCUUAUUUAGCCGGCGGCUGUGUGUCGGGCUUUCUCUCUUGGUGUGAUGUAAAUAAAGUGUCAAAGAAAAGAAUGUGAAUAUAAACAUGAGAUGUGCUUUAUGCCCACAAUAUAAUUCAACUGUCACUUUAUCUCUGUAUAUGUAUAAGGUCAUAUAUGACACAUGUAUCGGUAUAUGAAGUAUGCUAUGUUGACUUCUAUAAAGGACAAUGUAUUUGAGCCUAUA